CCCGCCCCCUCGACGCGGAUGAGUUGGAUCACUUUGGGCACGGAUCCUAGGCAGCAAAUCCAUCUAACCAAUCUCUCUCCGGAGUCCGGACUCCGUCGCCCCUCCCUACCAUUGCAAAGUUCUCUCCCUCGAUCACAGGGCGGCACUCUGCUGCGGGUUUCGGGCUUCGGCUGUUCGGCACGGGCAAACACACGGGCCUUCCCUUCUACUCCGCUCCCCGCCGGCGCCGCCACAGAUCAACCCUUUUCUCCAUCUUCCAACGGCAACCAGACCCUCAUCUUCUCCGUUGCAGGUCCAUCUCUCGCUCAUCUCAGUUCUGUGAGUGGUUUCUUGGUGCCCCGAACUCUAAUCCAAGAUCUGUGAUUUUCUUGACAUGGACUUCGUUGACAGAUCCCAUCUUCUCUCCUCUUCUUGCGGCCUCGCCAAUCUUCUUUAUCCUUCCUGAAGAAGCUGCACAUUUUGAGGAAAAAAAGUGUUUUUUUUUUUUUAUUGUCUUUCUUCGUGGAGCCCUCUCUAUGCUACAGCUCUUCGCAGGGGCAAGGAGGCGAAGAAAGAGGACGUGCAAGAGGGUUACGAAGAUAUUUUUACCCAAAUUCGGAAGGUAUGCAAUCACAUUCUGGAUUUGAAAAUGCAACUAAUCAAGUUCAAGAAUUGACAUGAAUUGUUGUGGAUGCUGAGGCUUUCAGAUAAACGAGAUGAACUUGCUUUGUUGUGGGAAGAGAAUUUGUAUUAUUUUAAUGCUUUUUAUAUCAAAAUGGAUAACUUCAUCUGUUCAGAAGGUUGAUUAGUCACGUCUCAGAGAUCUGGAACAACAUUAUUUGUGUAAUCAUAAGCAGGCACAAUGAUCAACAAACAACUUUUGCUGAUUUACUUUUAUCUACUUAUUUAUAUUUGCCUCUCAUCGGGAGUUAUCUUGUAUAACAAGUGGGUUCUAUCUCCAAAAUAUUUCAAAUUUCCCUUUCCUAUUACUCUUACCAUGAUUCACAUGGGAUUUUCUGGUGUCGUAGCAUUCUUGCUUGUUCGUGUUUUUAAGGUUGUUGCACCUGUCAAGAUGACUUUUCAGAUAUAUGCAACAUGUGUGAUUCCCAUUAGUGCGUUCUUUGCAUCAAGUCUUUGGUUUGGCAACACAGCUUAUUUGCAUAUAUCAGUUGCUUUUAUUCAGAUGCUCAAGGCCUUAAUGCCUGUGGCAACGUUCCUCAUGGCUGUUAUAUGUGGCACUGAUAAAUUAAGGUGUGAUCUCUUCCUGAACAUGGUGCUAGUCAGUGUUGGAGUUGUAAUUUCGUCAUAUGGAGAGAUUCACUUUAAUGUUAUUGGAACAGUUUACCAGGUAACUGGUAUAUUUGCAGAAGCUUUAAGGCUGGUCUUAACUCAAGUCCUCCUUCAGAAAAAGGGCUUGAGUCUAAAUCCUGUCACCAGUCUCUAUUACAUAGCCCCUUGCAGCUUCCUCUUUCUAUUUGUACCUUGGUAUUUAUUGGAGAAACCAGGGAUGGAGAUUUCGCAGAUUCAGUUAAACAUCUCGAUAUUUUUCUCAAAUGCACUAUGUGCUUUAGCCUUGAAUUUCUCUAUAUUUUUGGUAAUUGGUAGAACUGGGGCAGUCACCAUCCGUGUUGCUGGGGUACUCAAGGACUGGAUAUUAAUUGCUUUAUCAACAAUUGUAUUUCCUGAAUCUACUAUUACUGGUCUUAAUAUACUUGGCUAUGCAAUUGCUCUUUGUGGUGUCGUCAUGUAUAACUAUUUGAAGGUUAAGGAUGUCCGAGCAUCAAAUCAACUUCCUGCAGAUAGCAUCCCUGAAAGAGCUACAAAGGAGUGGAAGUUGGAUAAGAAGUCAUCUGAUAUAUAUACUGGUGAUGGUAACAACAGCAACAAUGUGGGAAACAAAGCUGGUGCUGCUGCUUCAGAGUCAAUUGUGGUGGAUGAAGAAGCACCCCUUCUUCCAUCAUCCAGAUUGUCCUACAUUAGUAGAAGCCAAAUAAAUUGAUUCUUGGAGCAGCAGAAUCGCAUCCUGAAACUUGAUACUAAAUGAUUCAUUGAAAAACUCAAGGUAGUUUUUCACUUUUUCAGUUUUAGGUUUUUUUUUCCUUCCAAAUUGGCUAUGAUUAAUAGAAUCAGUGUGGGAGAACAUACAGUUUAUCGUGCACAGCUUGGGAGGGUUCGGGCUUUGUCACGUUCACAAGGGAGUUUCCGUCCGUCUAUAAAAGUUGUCCUUUUAUAAGAACGCUAGAUGAUUUUACUUACCAUUUCAGAUUCAUCUCUCUUUUUUCCAUCACGAAGGCAGCAGGCCCAUAAGCUAAUUUUAUCAAAAAUGUCAACUUUGUUUCAAGAAUAAGCGGUUCAAUAAAAGAUUCUACUUUGUCAUGUUCCUUUGCCGGGUUCGUCUGAUUCUCAACCAGAGAAGUUUGUCAAGACAGAACCAAUUGGAUUUUCUUUGAACUCAUUUGUAUUAUAAUGAAUGUUCUAAUUUUAUCGUAAUUUGACUGCCAUUUUUUUCUCAA